AUAUAAUAAAUGUGAAAUUAUAUUUUAAAGAAAAUAUUAUAUUAUGUGGUGGAAAAUAUCAGUAGUUACUGGCUGGUAAAAAUUAAUACAUAAAAUGAAUAAUUUAUAUGAAAAUUGCUACGAUGCAACCAAAAGACAGCUAAACUUAUCGCAUCGUAAUUUGAGAUCUCUUGACUCUGCCAUCAUUACGUCAUAUGCACACUGUACCGAAUAUUUAGAUUUGAGCCACAAUCGUAUUCAUAGUCUUAGUUGGCUUUACGAAUUUCCCCAUUUAAAAUGUCUAAUCAUGGAUGACAAUCGUUUGAGAGAGGCGCAUUUUGAGAAAUUAAUACGGCCAUUGACCAAUUUACACACUUUGAUGUUGAACAAAAAUGAGUUGAGUGAUUUGAAGAUGACUGCAGGCAUAUUGCGGCGUAUUUUUCCAAAUGUAGAAUAUUUAAGUUUGCAUGGCAAUGCCAUGUGUCCAGAUAAUUUAUUACUGCAGCCAUUCUGUGAAUUUGUGCCGUAUGAAUAUAAUCAUUAUAGAACUGUUCUGCUAAAAUCACUGCCAAAUUUAAAAUUUCUUGAUCAUUUCUCACUGGAUGCGUUACAUUUUAAUUGUCAAACUGCAACAACACAAAUUAAUCAACAACAUCAGCAUCGACACCAGCCGCGACAAAACCAACAACAACAACUUCUGACAUCAACUUCCAAAGAUUUGUGGUCCAAAGUUAAAAGUUUUCUAACAGUCAAUUCAAGCCAAACGACAACAGAAUUUCCAACUACUCCAAACAACAAUUGUGUUCUGCAUUGUGCUUCCUCCUCCCAUGACUCAUCAUAUUGUGGUACACAUUCGGAGGGUAAUCGUUAUAUAACAAAUUCUGAUUUAUAAAGAAAUGUCGUAUGUAUGUUACCGGAUUUUUUUAAACAAUUUUAGAAGUAGGACCAGAAGACUUGAAUUAUAAAAUUACAUACUUAACUUAUUUAUUAGCUAAUUUAAUGCAAUAAAAUAACUUGUAAUUGGACACAAAAAGAGCCAAAGGAUUUUGCAAAA